ACUCCGACUAAAAUUGUUAAAUAGUCUCACAGAAACCAAUUUGGAUUGUUUCACUCUCGGACAGCACUUCUCCGAAACGUUUACUCUAUCUUUCAAAAGGAUUUAUCAUUACUUUUAGUCUCUACCAUUCACAUUCUUUGAUUCAAUUUUGUCAAAAUGAAUGACUGCUAUCGUUUCAUAGCCAUGAAUUCCACAGUAGAUGUGGCAUUCAGGUGUGUACCGAAGAUUAUCAAGGAUGGAACAACAUACAUGAACAUGUGGCGAGUUGAAGGUUAUAAUUUGCUGCUGUGGCAGAAGAAAGGCAAAUUUCACAAAGGAGAUUCUUAUUUGAUUGUAAAGCUGAGAGCCGACUGUGGACACACCUCCAGAUACAUACACUUUUGGUUAGGAUCAGAAACCACACAGGAUGAAGCUGGAUUGGCUGCACUGAAGGCUGUGGAGCUAGAUGACUACUUCGGUGGCCAAGCUGUACAGUUCAGAGAGGUGGAAAACUAUGAAUCAAAGAUAUUUCUCAGUUACUUCUCUACUAUUACAUAUGAAUCUGGAGGAUAUCUGUUUGACUUAUACAGCAUCAAACAACAUUAUGAAGAGAAGUUGUGGCACGUGAAAGGAAAGCGUAACUUGAAACUGAACCAGUUACCGAUGGGAUGGUGCAAUGUGAAUAACAAUGAUGUCUAUAUUCUCGACAUUAAAGAAUGUAUGUUUAUUUGGAUAGGAAAAAGAGCGAACGUGUAUGAAAAAAUAAAGGCCGCUCAGAUAACUCAAUAUUUGAAUACGCAACGUGUCAGCAAAGUUCAGGUUAUCAUUGUCAACGAUGGAGAAGAAGGAAAACUGAAGAAAGAUGAAUUUCAGCUUUUCAACAGAUAUUUACCAUUAGCAAUGAAGAAUCUUGGCAAACAUGAACAAAUAUCUGAUGACUCUGAAAAUGAAAAUUUCGAAAAAACUUUGCGGUUGUAUAUAUGCUGUGAUGAAGAUGGUGUUUUAAAAGUAACAGAGCUAAAGAAUGGUCCUCUGUCUUAUUCAGAUUUGCAAUCAAAGGAUAUGUAUAUAAUCGUAAGUGAAGAUCACGUAUGGAUUUGGGUUGGACGCUUAGUACCGAAAACAGCACGUCGAGAAGCAAUGAAUAACGCUGUUGGUUUUUCUAAAAAGAAGAAUGCAGAUUUAUGUCAAGUAAUUCGAGUCAUUGAAAAUGAGGAAACUGAAGAUUUCAAGUAUUUAUUUCAUAAUUGGCCGGAACCAUCUCGGAGAGGAAACUCAAAAAUUAAGAUAGGUCGCACUAUUCAGUCCAGCUAUGAUGCGAAAUCACUGCAUGACAAUAAACCAUUAGCUGCUGAAUUACAGAUGGUAGAUGACGGUCAGGGAGAGGUGGAGGUUCAUCGAUUUCAAAAUUACAAUUUAAUUCCUGUCACUAAACAACAGUUUGGACAGUUUUUCAAUGGUGAUUGCUAUGUCAUUGUUUAUACAUACACAGUGAAAACACAAGAGAAAUAUAUUGUAUAUUACUGGUUGGGUAUUGAAUCAAAUUUAGAAGAUCAAAGAGUUGUGUCUCUUAGAGUAACAGAACUGGAAGAAACACUCGGUCAUAAUGUAAUGCAGGUCAGAGUAAUUCAAGGAAAAGAACCGCCACAUUUGAUGACCAUAUUUAAAGGGAAAAUGGUUAUUCUUCUGGGAAGCCACGAAAAGUGGGAAAAGAAAAGCAGUUUAUUGGCUUCUGGCCCUGGACGUCAUUACAUGCUCCAUGUACGCGGGACAUCGGACUAUAACACGAAAGCAGUUCAGGUACCAAUGAGAGCAGCAUCACUGAAUUCCAACGACGUAUUUGUUAUUUUUGAUGGACAUCGCUGUUUCAUUUGGGCAGGAAAGGGAAGCACAGGAGAUGAAAGAGAAAUGGCAAAAAAUAUUUCCGAUGGAGCCACAUUUAUUCCAGAGGGCCAUGAGAAGCCAGAAUUUUGGAAUUGCCUUGGUGGUUUGGAGCCCUAUAUGAAUGAUAAACAGAUACAGAAUCUAAGUGCAGAACACAGGCCUCGACUGUUCUGUUUCAGUAAAAUCUCGGAACCAAUGAAAGUGGAAGAAAUAUAUAACUUUGAACAAAAAGAUCUUAUUCCGGAUGAUAUCAUGUUAAUAGACACAUGGGAUUCCAUCUUUCUCUGGAUUGGAAAUGACGUAAGGCACGAUGAUAAAAAACAAGCCAAUACGCUAAUUCUGCAAUAUUUAGAAAAUGACCCCGCUUUUCGACAUACCGAUAUACCAAUUUAUCGUGUUUAUCAAGGAUACGAACCUGCUAUAUUUUCCGGUUUCUUUACUGACUGGAACGAAAGCUUUUGGGAGAAUGAUACAACAUUCGAACAGUUAGAAAAACAGCUGAAGUUGAACAAUAUGAAUGUACCGUUGUUUGAAGUGCCUUCAGCUAAACACAGUGGUCAAACAUUCAAGCAAGUACCAAAAUAUGCUUAUUCCAUGUUGGCUGGAAGAUCUCCUGAUAUGUUACCCUCCGAAGUUGAUCCUUCAAACAAAGAGCGACAUCUAACUGAACUGGAGUUUAUGAGUGUCUUUCGAAUGACAUAUGCCGACUUUUUCAAUUUACCUCAAUGGAGAAAAACAGACUUAAAAAAGAACCUUGGCCUGUUUUGAUAGAGCAAUUACAUUUCGAACAGCAAAUUAUAAUAGUUUAAAAUAUCAAUGGAGGCUGUCAAGGACCAGUGAAACCUCGAAAGUUAUUGGUGUUGAAAUAAGAUACUAAUGACAAAUACAUUUAACAGUUUGAAAUGAUUCAAAUAAAGUUUUGAUGAAUAUGAUAAAGUUUAACAAUUACAGUUAAAAAGAAAAUAUCUGUUAGCUUACGGUUUGACAAAGACAUUGUUUGAGAAUUCAAAAUGCAGGUUCUCUCAUUUUCCCCAGCUCCUAGAAUUUUCUUCUAUGAUUACAUUAUUGGUGCUGAUUUAUUAGAAAAACUCUUCAUAACAUCACGGCAAGUAAGAAAAUCGAAUCUUUUUGUCGGAUUGAUAACAUUCAAGCUAAAUUCAUGGACAUUAUCAUCUUUGAAGUAUUAAUAGAUGAGCGUAUCAAACAAAAGAAGAUGAUUAGAAUACCUAUGCAUAUUCAUUUUUACAUACUCAGAAGUUAGCCAGUUUGUUUCAAAGGAAACCUCGCAUUUCACUGACUAAUUCUUAUCAUCUUCAAAGUACUAAAAUAAAUAUUCAUAGAGACGUAAUGUCGAGAUAAAUACCGUCAUAAAAACAAGCCCGCACAUAUUACAUUUAUAUGCACAUAGAUAUUGGGUUAUUUUUUACAUAUCAACAGUCAUAUCUUAAAGAUGUAUAGGAAGCAUAACUUAAAUCCGUUCUUGCAGACAUUUGCUUCUAUUAUUAAAUCAACCAAGAAAAAACAUGUGCAGUUAGAUAUUACAUCACUGACGCUAAAAAGAAAAUGCGAUAAGAGUUAUUACACCUAAUUGAUCAGAUAAUAGUCGUUCUAGAAUGGUGAAUAAUGAUUCCAAUGACAAAAUUAUACAUUAUGCAUAGCCUGUCCUAGGAAAACCAGUUUGUUAUUUCUAUUAAAAUUUACAUUGCCAGGAGUUUAUUGUUUGAUGUUUAAAAGUGAAUAUGUUGAUGUAAAAUCUGGUAUGGCUGACUAAACGUUUUAUAGUACUUCUGGUUCUGUACGAGGAACCUAGAAAUUCUACAGUUAACGAAUCACACAUCCAUCUUACAUGGACCCCGCUAUCUAACGUCUAUAGGACUGAAGUUAGAUGAACAAACUCCUUGGAAGUUAACUGAUGCAGUUCAGCAACAGUAAUAGAAGGAAAACUACAAAUAUUUCAUAUGUUAGUUCGAUAGAGUAUUUAUCGACCAACUCUGAUAUUUUCAGUGGUUACAUUGUUUCACAGAUUGUAUUCUUGAAAGGCUUCCAGACAUUAUUGUAGAAUUAUGAAACUUGGCCUGAAUGCUUCAAUAGUGAUAUCAAAGACAAGUUAGUGAACUUAAUAGAAACUAUUAAACAUUUUGGGAAGAGGAAAAUAGCAUCAAAAUAUUUCUUUUUAUAUGAGUAUCAAAUUGCAAUGCGUUUGCGAAAUGUAAAUUUUCACAAAAUGGUUGCAGUUAUAGAAAAUCAGAGAAUGAAACCAACCAACAAGAAACGAUAUAAUCUCAUUCGAUUUCUAAUAAAAUGUAGUCAUUCAUAAGAAGAC